AUGCCUUACACCCCGCCGUUGAAUCGAUCCCCAGCCUCAUCAGCCUCCAACUCGCCUGACGCCAGCCGUCGGUCGUCCUUGGUGUCCGGGGCCCGACCCUCCCUUCCUCGGUCCGCCUCCUACCUGAGAAAACAUCGCAGAAAUCCCUCCGUCACAAUCCCUAGCGAUGCCUCGUUCGGCUCCCUAACCCCUCGGGGGACCUCGGAAGAUCUGCCUGCCAUGGUCGCCAGCGCCAUCUCCAGCGCCGGUGGUGCCAGCGUUAGGCAAUCACCUCCACCCGUGUCUGAUGAGCACGGUAUGCCCAAGGGCGCCGUCAUCUCUCCACCCGACUCUGCCUCGUCCGGUAGUGACGAUGACAGCACGCCCGAGAUCCGCGGACGCAAACAUACCAGGCUAGUCGGCCUGCGAGAUGCUGUUAACGAACUCGCUCUCGCAACCAACUCACACCAACCCUCCGUUCUACCAAGAAGCCAUCACUCGGAGAACCAACACAGCCAGCAUCUCGCUGAGCACCAAGCCCUCACUCGAAGCAUGCAUGUUAGUUUCAGCACCAGCUCGCUACCUGAUGCUCACAAGCCGCGCAGAGGUGGUCAUGUACGGUCCGCUACGGAGCCUAACGUGCUAGUGACCAUGUCCGCAGACAACUCCAUCACCGCAUCCGAGGAGGAGACAGACGAGGAGCUCAAGUAUAAGCCUCAAAUGGUACGCAAGAAGUCGGGCGAGCUCGUUCGACCAGCCCUUCGACCAUCCUCUCGCCGGCGGCCCUCCAGCAUGCCCGGCACCCCUGUCUUCUCCAAGGCUGUGCAUUUCGACUCCCACCUGGAGCAUGUACGACAUUUCCUGCAGGUGGAUCGCCCGUUGGCCGUCAGUGCAGGAUCCUCUCCUGUCGAUAACCACGAGAGCGAGACCGAAUUCCCCUUUCCCGGUGGCUUUAAAGGCUCCGCCAUCAAAGGGCCCCCGUUUGAGUGGGAGAUUGUCACGCCAAACUUCCCCUCUGAUACCAUUCUUCGAAAGGCUUUGCCUGCCAAGUUGGAGAAGGUUUGGCUCUCCCCAGACCACAAGUCGCUGCUUGGCUCCAUUGCCGUUGCCAACUUGGCUUUCCAGAAGACUGUCAUCUGCCGGUUUACACUAGACUACUGGAAGACUACGUCUGAAGUGACAGCAGAGUACGAUGAAGAGAUCCAAUCCAACCAGCAUUCUGCUGGCCAAGACCGCUUCACCUUCUCCAUCAAGCUCUCGGACACGAUCAACCUGGAGAGCAAGACCAUGUUCCUGUGUGUGCGCUACUCAGUGAACGGGCAGGAGUACUGGGAUAACAACAACUCGGCCAACUUCCAGGUUGACUUCCGGAAGAAGUAUCUUCCCCAGAACGGCAAGGAUGGUGCUCGCGGGAAGGGUAACAGCCCUCUGCCUCGAAGCAACCGCCGCCGAAACACAACUGAUGGCCGACCUAUUCCCACACCCUCUUUCGGCGAGUUCAACAACGAGGCAGGGAUCAACUAUGACCAGCCGAUCCAUGAGGUUCUUGGCGAGUCUGGGCCUGGUCUUCGGUUCAAGUCCAAGUCCAGCAGCAACAUCGCCAGUGACAACAUCGCUAAGGGCUUGUCAUCACCCAGCGGCGCUGCGUUCUCGAACCGAUAUGACUUUGGCGCCUCUCUGACCGCCGCAGUCCAGGCCUCAAAGGACACUGGCAAGGAAAAGGACACGCUGUACAUGAAGAACAACGUCCGCCCCCAAAGAUCUGGCAAUGCACCUAGUGUCAUCAAGAGUGGCACUUCGGCAUCAGUGAGCCGUAGCCAACCCAAACCGGCUGCCAACGUUGUCGCUCCAGCUGCUGGUCUACCGAGCUCGUCCUACGAGGAACUCGUGAAUAAAUAUUGCUUCUUUGGCUCAAAGCAACAGGCGCAAUCGCCACAGGAGAAGUCCCCCAAGGAUGGCGUACUCAAGAACAACCAGUUUGACGGAACCAAUGGUGGUGAUGUGCCCAGCGCACGGGGAACCAAGUCGACGGCAGUUCACCACUCUCUUCACGCCUACUCGGCGGCACGUCCUUCUAUUACAGCCUCUCUAUCCGAUGGCUUCCUUAUCCCCAAGGCCACGGAAACACGACCGGCUACAACAACAUUGACGCAUCUGGCCGUCCCCGUCGUGACUGGCCCUUCCUUUUAUGGAGAGCCAUCAGGGCCGGAGCGUUUCCACUGGAGAGGAGACUCACACACCACACUAACCAUCCGAGGUUGA